AUGUCACAACAAAAUCAUAAAUUUACUAGACCUCGUUCAAAAUCCCUUUCAACCCAACCGCAACUUCGGAAAACCCUUCCUAAAAGAACUUACCAAUCUCACAGCCAACAAUCUCCAUCAUCUUCCUUAUCCUCUAUUGAAAAAAACAAAUCUUCAUCUUACCUUGAUCUUGCACAAGUUAACCCUUAUGCAAUACAUAAACAUCCAGUAGAAACUGAUAAUUAUGGGACAAUCAAAUAUCCUCCCAAGGCUUUUUUAUCUGAUCUAACUUCCCCCCAUCACUUUGAAGCUUCAUUUAUUUCAAAAGAAGAAACUACCAACAAUAACAACAACAAUGCUCAAUUAUCUAAAAAAAGGAAGAAAAAUAUCCCUCAAAAACUAAGCCCAACUCUCUCUCAGACUCCCUCAGGAUCUUCUCUUAGCCCACUUCCUCCACCACAAACAAUCGAUAUACCUUCACCCAUAGCCUACGAUGACAAGUAUCCUCAUGUAUUUUUUAACCAUUAUCGUAGGCAUCCGUCUCCACUUCGUCGGUCACGAGUCAGUACACUUCCUGAGAAUCCAGAUGGCUCUGACGAAUCUGAGGAAAAUUCACAUUUGCAGCGGCAGUAUCUCCAUAACUAUAACCAUAACCAUAAUCAACAGCUGCAGCAGCAACAGCAACAGCAAAACUCCGUAUCUCACUUGCAUUCACGGCCACGGUCUCGGUCAUCAUCGCGGCCUGCAUCUGUUGUUUCUGGAAGAAGAUCGCCCCGGAAACUUGUGCGGAGAGAGCGAGCACAGUUGGGUCCUGGUGAUGCUCAUUAUUAUUAUACACAGCACACAUUAGAGUCUGAUUCACUGGCAGUGCAACCUUCAUUGACAGGGAUUGAUCCGUUGGCAGAGUAUGUAACGUCUGCUGAUUUUAGAAUAAUGGAACAGGGUCCAGUGAUUUCAGAGGGAACAGAAGAAGAUGAAGAAGAAGAGGAAGAAAAAUUAGAAGUAGAAAAGGAAAAAAAGAAAGGGAAUGAAAAGGAAUCAUCACCGGAAUCUGUUUAUCCAAAUUCCAUUUACAAAACACCAAGAACUAGUCCUAGACUAGAGGAUGAAGAGCAAAUGAAAGAUACUGAAGAUGAGGGAAAAAAAGGAAAAGAAGAAAAAGAAAAAAAAACGAAUAAAGAAGAAUUAAAAGAAGAUUCAAAACCUUUAAAACUUGUAAAAUCACCUAAAGGCAUAACUGAUGGACCCUUUUUCAAACUUUUCAACAAUUCAAAACUCUCACUCAAAAGUUCAACUACACUAUCUGCUUCAAAAUAUGCUCCUGCACUACACCAAAUGUUCCCCCAGCGCCAUCUUUACAACCGCUCUCGGCCGCCGACCCCAGGAGCCCCCUCGCCGCGUCACUCAAAGGACCUUCGAGGCCCAUCAGUUUGGCAAAUUUAUUGCAACAUCAUUACCCUUUUUGUGCCUGCGAUUUCGCUGCGGUGGUGCGGGAUGCGGUCCAAGCCGCGGCAGCAAGCUUGGCGUGAGAAAAUCGGGCUUGUAUCAGUCAUCAUACUGCUCACCACUUUUGUAGGGUUCUUCACAUUUGCUUUCAACUCGGCAGUUUGUGGACAACCUGUCCCUAGAGUCCACUACAAACAGGUGCCAAAUGAUUCGGUGGUGGUCCAUGGGGCUCUGUUUAACAUUACAAAGAUUGAAGAAAAAAUUGUUCAACAGUACCCGGACCCUAAUGACCGGCCAAAGGCUCUGGAUAUUUGGGAGUACGCGGCCGGCGCCGACGCUUCACUAUUAUUUCAAAACGUGAAUGGCCACUGCCGAGGUGUGAUUUGGUCCGAACUCAAAAACCACCCAGUACCCAUGACCCAAGAUAUGAUGUUUUCGUACUACUACCCAUGUGUGCUGCUCAACCUCAAUGGUUCACCACGCGGUAAUCCACUGCAGCACCGGCUUACCCACCAGCGUGGAGGAGGGCGUGGAACAAGUUGGGGGCAUGGGCCUGAUGGCGUAUCUGCCAAUGCUGCAUUUUGCCAUCUAGCACCUGGUGCUCGCGAUUACCUGUACACGCUGGAGUAUAAGCUGGACGUGUACUAUGAGUGGAGUGAUUUGAGGAAUAUUAACAAUGACCUAGUGGUGUACCUUGGAGACGUGAUUGAUUUGACGCGACUUCAGAUGCUGCGUGCAUUCACAAUGGAUGCUAACAUUUUGCGAUUGCUUGAAGACAGUGUGAAGCUACGCGGGAAGGACAUUUCAGUGAUGCUUUCUAGGAGUGCUUCAUCGCGUGCAGCUGGUCGAUGCUUAGUUGAGCUUGCUAAGAUUGGGGUUGUUGACACUGAUACUCUUGGGUGCAUUGCAUCGAACUUGGUUUUGAUUAUCUCGUUGACGUUUAUUGUGUCGAUUGUGGUUGUCAAGUUUGUUUUCGCAUUGUACUUUGAGUGGUUUAUGUCGGCACGACUGGGCGCCAAUUUUGCAAGCGUGCCACUAACUAAUGCAGCAUCAGGACUGCGCAGCAUUAAAAGCGGAGUAUUGAGUGCUGCAGAAUCUUUGGAUCGAGUAGUACACAAGUUUACCGAUUCUCGCAACAAUUCUCGCAUUGUUUUGGACACUUUUGAAGAAGAGCAAAUGGAUGAAGAUGAAGAUGGAGAAGAAGAAGAAGAAAAAGAAGAAGAAAUUAAUACGGAAGAUUCUUAUUCUUCUUUGGGUCUGCUGUCGCCCAGCCAAAUGAUUAAUACGAUUUGCCUGGUAACUGCCUAUUCUGAAGAUGAAGAAGGAUUGAGAGCUACUUUGGACUCGAUUGCUACGUGCAGUUACCCGUACACUCAUAAGCUUGUGAUUGUGAUUUGUGACGGACUGAUUAUUGGGUCAGGCAAUGGGCGAUCAACUCCAGAGAUUGCAGUUUCCAUGAUUAAAGAUUUUUUAAUUCCUCCACGACACGUGGGCGUAAUGCCGUAUAUUGCGGUGGCCCAAGGAGCCAAGCGGUUUAAUAUGGCUAAAGUUUAUGCUGGACAUUACGAUUAUGAUGACACAACAGUACCGGUGGAGCAUCAGGUUCCAAUCCCAAUUGUUUGCAUUGUUAAAUGUGGAGAUGCGUGGGAGAGGGAGACGCAUGGAGUAAAACCUGGGAACCGUGGGAAGCGGGACUCACAGGUGAUGCUCAUGUCUUUUUUACAAAAAGUGAUGUUUAACGAGAGGAUGACGGACUUGGAGCAUGCGCUGUAUUAUAACAUUUGGCAACUAACACGGCGAGAUGUAAUGGACUACGAAACAGUUUUGAUGGUGGAUGCAGACACGAGGAUUUGUCGUGACUCAGUGGAAUACAUGGUGGGAUGUUUUGUACAAGACCCAAUGAUUAUGGGGCUUUGUGGAGAAACGCAAAUUGCCAAUAAGACUGAGUCAUGGGUAACAAUGAUUCAGGUGUUUGAGUAUUUUAUUUCGCACCAUUUGACCAAGUCGUUUGAAUCUGUGUUUGGCGGUGUGACAUGUUUACCUGGGUGUUUUUCCAUGUACAGGAUCAAGGCUCCCAAAGGUCCACGGGGGUACUGGGUCCCGAUUUUGGCAAAUCCAGAUGUGGUUGAGAGGUAUGCAAUUAAUAGUGUGGAAACGCUACAUGAGAAGAAUUUAUUGUUACUAGGUGAGGAUCGAUAUUUGUCAACAUUGAUGCUUAAGACAUUCCCGAAUCGCAAGCAAAUGUUUGUGCCACAGGCAAAGUGUGAGACGGUUGCACCAAGUGAGUUUAAAGUGUUGCUUGAUCAGCGGCGACGGUGGAUCAAUUCGACGGUGCACAAUUUGAUGGAGUUAAUUAUUGUACGGGAUUUAUGUGGAGUGUUUUGCAUUUCAAUGCAAUUUGUGGUAUUGAUUGAGUUUAUUGGGACUUUGACUUUGCCUGCUUCAUUACUUUUUUCUGUGUUUGUAAUGUGUCGAGCAGUUGUAGAGCGACCUGUGCCUGUAAUUCCGUUAAUUUUACUUGCAUUAAUUGUAGGGAUUCCUGGAUUGUUGAUUGUGGUGACUGCACAUCAGUGGACAUAUGUGUUGUGGAUGUUGAUUUAUUUGAUUUCAUUACCGAUAUGGAAUUUUAUUUUGCCUUUAAAUGCGUUUUGGAGGUUUGAUGAUUUUAGUUGGGGCAAUACUCGAGUUGUUCAAGAGCAAGAAGUAACCAAGACCAAGACCAAGACUGAAGAUGAAAAUGAAGAUGAUAAAGAUGAUGAAAAUGAUGUAAUUCCAAAGACUCCAGAUGCAAGGUUAAGUGCUGGAAUAAGUAUGACAAGUAGUGACUUGAAUUUGCAUCAAAAGCAGCAAAACAUUUGGUUUGAUGAAUCUCGGAUCCGGUUGAUGAAGUUUCAUGAGUGGGUACUUGAGCAGCGUCGUAAGAAGCGUGCUGAAGGACUUGGAGAGUAUUUGGUAGGAGUGACUUCUACGGUUUAA